AUGAUCGGUAUAAGGCAUAUCGAGGGUGCCCUUGACGUGACGCCACUACCGAAAAGGCCGAUGGGGCCAAACGAGGUGGCAGUCAUCCUGAUUCCUGGUGAUGAGGCAAAGAAAGGUGCCGAACAGGCUAAGGAGAACGAGGCCAAGAUUGCAGAGCUGAAGGCCAAGCUGGAGGCGUCUGAAAAGGCAGUUCGGGAGGCCGAAGACGCAAAGGCUGCUAUGAAAAUGGCAUUGGAUGUCACUGAACGGGCGAAGGCGGCUGAGGUGGAGGAGGCGAAAGCAAAGGUCAUAGCUGACUACCGAUCCUCGGAGGAGUUCACGGUUUUGGUGGAGAAGGAAUUCAUGGACCAGUGUGACAAGCUUGUCUACCAUUUCAAACAAUUCAAUGUCGACAAGAAGCUGAACCUAAACUUCCUUUGGGAUUACCCACCACUGCCCUAG